AUGGUAUGCCAACGGGCCAAGCAAGCAAAGACGGAUACAUGUCCACACGAGAAAAGAAAUCAUGGUCUAUAUCACAAACAGAAAGGGGGAUGUUCUGACAAACAAGGCUUCUGCCUCACGUGUAUCGAAUUCUUCAAACCGUACGAUAUCAGUCAUUCGACCAGCGUCAAGCGGUACCAAAAAUAUAAGCAAAAAAACGGGUGGACGCGUCCUGUUCAUCCGUCCAGGAUCCCUCACGACUAUUUGUUUCCUUAUACUCUCAUUGUGGUCCCCCGUUCAGCGUGUCCUGUCGAUCCUCAACUUUGGCCAAAAGUAGACCGUCUUCAUACGUCACGAUCCCCCGAAUACGUUAAAGGAAUGCCGGCGCCGACGCCAGCAGACUUUCGUCGCUGUAUCGCCAUCUUUAAGGACGACAUCGCGCCGAGAACAGCAGAGCCCAAGCCGCCACUAAAUUCGUUUACACAAGAAGCGUGUAUGAAGGAACUCCCGCUACUUCCGAAGGAGGCCCACGCUUCAACUUCCUCAUCGUGGAUUAAGCAUCUUAAAAUCCUUUGA